GCUUCUACGACUCCGGGGGAUUCAUCCGCUCUUCGUUCUCCGCUCUCCAGGGGACCAGCUGCGCACGAGUGCCGAGGUUACAGUCCGCCGCAACCUGGCACCAUCGACAGCUGCAUAGUGUCGGCCUUACUUUUUGCUGAUCCUCUCGCCAUGACCACUAACGCUUCUUAUGAACUGCUCUCCGCGCUGCUCCCUACGAGGCCGUUCGCCUUAGCUUACGUUCUUCCCCUUCUCUUCCUGUCCUUACUCCUAACCUUUUCUGGCACAUUCGUAACCCUGGACAGGACCCGUAUCUUUCCGCCGGCGGAAUCGCACAAGCAAGCCAGACCAAAGGCCAAGGCUCUCUGGCCAAUUUGGUCUCUCUUUCUGCAGAGUGGAGUUGGAGGUCUCUGCUCAGGGUUCACGUUUGGAGUAAGACGUUGUCGUCCCCGCUCGGCCCCAAAGCCUUCCUUUCCAUCUGGAUGCUCUCUGCAAUAUGCUGCACAAUCUUUUCUGGAAGAUGGAAGUACGUUACUCUGACCUUUGCGGCUGCUUCGGGAUAUGCGACUCUAGCCAUUGCCCUCAUCGUAAUCUCUCACCCGUCCCUUAUCACUCGUAUCGCAAUAACGAUUGCGUUUACGGUAAUCGGGACAGUCUUAUCCUUGCUCCCAUUUGCCAGUACCCGAGACAUCGCUUUACGUUUUGCGAACGCCUCAACAGGUUCGUUUGGCCUCGUUCUCUCUAUUGCCAUUCUGGUCCGCAACACUGCAUGGGGCAAUGUCUGGGAGCGGCUAUGGGUCAGCGAUGGCGAUGGCUGGGGCACGAGCCAGGAGAAGGGCCUCAGUGCUGCGUACUCUCUACUGUUUUGUGCCGGUGCUGCUUGUGACUGGCUGCUCCAUGUCAAGCUCGGAGAGAACCCAGACGAAAAGUGGGAUCAUUAUCUCGCCAAGUAUUCAGGCAGCAUGCCAACCGACGGCAGUCGAGCGGGGAAUUUCACACCAUUUGCAUCUCUGUACGAUCGUCUCUUGGGCCGCGACAGGUAUUUCGCACCCAUUGCCCCUGAUCAAAAGCUGCCGGUGCUCCCUCUUCGGUCUGGUCCUUCAGAGAAGCUAAGGGACCUACAAGAACCCUUCGACAUUCCCAUUCCUCUGACUAGUACCAAGCCUCAGCCAGGCUUCCUUCGAAAGAAAAAUAUUCCCAGAGAUGGGAGUAUGCACACUGCCAAGCGAGCGAUCAGGUUUCAGUCUGGUGACGACGAGUCAUCAUCAAGCGAAGAAGAAGACGAGCUGUUGACAAACAAACCCUUUGUCCUUCGUCCUCUCAGCCCUGCGUCCUCAGCCACCCUCACCAACUCUUACACCGAUGUCAAGCCUCCCAGUCUCACGUUUGCUGAAGUACCCGAAUACUCCGAUUAUGAGGAAGAUCUCACGGAAGCCAGUCGGGAGAGAGCUUCGCGAGAUGUCCCUCACUGGACUCCAGGAUUCUUCCGCCGACAUUCGAUGCGCUACGGUGUGAGACCCGCAGAUACGCCUUCCCAACAGAUUGGCUCUAGGGGAUCCGCAUCCAGUCCACAUCUGGCAUCGCAGCAAGAGAGACCUCUACAGGCAGCGGAGUCAACACCUGGCGCUGUUGUUUUGAGCUCCAUACCGGCCACACCCUCACUCAUCCGCGCCGUCGAUCGCAUAGCUACCGCUUAUACCACUCAGGCGGCUCCGCCAGAGGGACGAGACAAUACAUUUGCCAGAGACGCGAGACCUAUCCCCAGGAAGCCGUGGGACACUUUCUGGGCAGACGUAAAAGCAAAGGCACAGACGUAACUCUGCAUGCGACAGCUUACUCCGACAUUCUUUUCCUUUUCUAACGACGAUUACGAUUAUCCACGACCCUCACGACCUUCCACGACCUUCCACGACGCGCCUCUUCUUAAUAUAUUCGUAAUAAUUUGCGGAGUCUUGAGAUUGUAGCUUGUUUCGCCCUAACAUCGUCCGCUAGUUGUAUCAAAUUUUACUUCCAUGGCCCU